CGAGUUCACCGGGGGAUGGCCUGUUAAUCGUCCUCUGUCUGCAGACUGCAGAUACUUGUUGCAGCAUCUCCAGGACCUCCUCGUCCAGCGAUGGACCGGGAGAGGAGGCCUUCCAGGCGAUUUGGCAGGCACCUGAAGGCCAUGAUCAAAAAGAACCUGCUUAUAAAAUGUCGCCAGAAAAAAUGCACGCUAGCGGAAAUACUUCUACCUGUCUAUGCUUUCGCAAUCCUUCUAUUCAUGGGACCAACAUUGCCGAACCCGCACUUCCAUAAAGAAACUGUACCAAGAGAAGACAUAAAAUGCCAUUCAUGUAUCCACGACCAUCACUUUCAAGACGAUACAAUUGCAGUGGCUCCAGACACAACCGAAAUCCAAGUUUUUCUGCAACUAUUGAACAAAAUACAUGAAAAUCUUCCCAACUCCCAAGACCGUGAUCAUCCCAUCAAUUUCGUCUAUUACAAUAGCAAAGAAAAAAUGAUCGAUGACUAUUGGAAGGAUCCACACUCCACAGGUUUGGCCAUUGUUUUUGAGAACAACCCAUACGACAUUGAUUUGAGGUAUGAGAUCAAAACUAAUCCAUCCUUUAUUGCUACUCCAGUUACUCAUCAAUUGUACGCUCCAGCCUCAGCUUGUAGACAACAUUACCAUCCAAAUGAUCCAAUGACCUAUAAAGAUCAAUCACACACCAUUCAAGCACAAGACGAAUGUCCUGCAAAAACUUAUGUGACGUCCGGUUUUCUAUCGAUUCAGCAGCUUAUUGAUCUAACUAAGAUGAAGAUGGAAUUGAAAAAUGAUUCGCUGUUUGAUUAUCCGAGGAUGUCGGUUGAACUGUUCCCGAAAGAAGAAUUCACUGCAAAGUGGAUAUUGGUAUACAAAAUUGUAUUUCCAUUCUACAUUUCAAUGGCUUUAACUCAAUUCAUCACUUAUCUACUCAUCCUGAUUGUUGGUGAAAAGGAAAAGAGAAUCAAAGAGGGCAUGAAGAUCAUGGGCGUCAAAGAUUCGGUGUAUUGGACUGCGUGGUUCAUCCCAUACGCUGCUAUUGUUCUACUGAUUUCAAUAAUCGCAACUAUAAUGCUCUACGCAGUUAGAUUGUUCCAGCACUCCGAUUGCUUCCUCGUCUUCCUGCUACUGGACCUAUAUGGCGUAACUAUUAUAUUGUUCGCCUUUCUACUUACUGCGUUCUUCGACAAAUCAAGAACUGCUGGAUUCUUCGGAAGUUUCGCAUCCAAUAUACCAAGCUUAUUGUACUUUAUACCAAGCUAUAUAGUGGGUGCAUCUGGGAAUUUGUAUUUCUGGGUAAUGUCACUCGUCAACUCAGCAGCAUUCGCACUUGCCAUGGAUAAGGCUCUUAUGCUGGAAUUGGAUGGUGUUGGAGUGCAAUUCCAUAAUCUUUGGGAGGGCGACGGUUUAACAUUUGGACAUAGCUUGUUGGCUUUGGCUAUUGACAUAAUGUUCUAUGCACUCCUUGCAUACUAUCUGGACAAUGUGAUACCAAGCAGCUAUGGUACAAAGCGAUCUUCAUUUUUCUUCUUGAAAUGGCAGUACUGGUUCCCAAGGUCAAGGGAAAAGAAGCAGGAUGGCGAUGAAAACGGAUUCGGAAUGACGUCUGAAGAACUGGAAAAUGAGGAUAUUGAACCCGUUCCCGAAACAAUGAGAGGAAAAUGUGCUAUCAGAAUAACUAAUCUUCAUAAGACCUUCUACAGUUGCAGAAAACAACAUAAUGCUAUCAAUUGUCUCAAUUUAACUAUCUAUGAAGGCCAAAUAACUGCUAUUCUGGGACAAAAUGGAGCUGGAAAAACAACUCUUUUCAAUAUUCUGACAGGCUUGACUAGCCCUACUAAAGGAACAGCUCAUAUCUUCGGAAUGGAUAUCAGGAAUGCUGAAAAUAUGGAAAACAUAAGGAGUAUGACUGGUGUAUGUCCUCAGCAUGAUAUACUCUUUGAUUUGUUGACACCUAGAGAGCAUCUUCACUUUUAUGCAACAAUCAGGAAUGUUCCUCAAUCAUUGAUUGACACCGAAGUUGAUAAAACGCUCACUGAGAUUGAUUUGUUGGACAGAUCUGAAUCAGCCGCAAAGGUUUUGAGUGGUGGACAACGUAGGAAACUAUCUGUUGGAAUUGCAGUUAUAGGAGAUCCUAAGAUUAUCAUUUUGGAUGAACCGACAGCUGCGGUUGACCCAUAUUCAAGAAGAAGGUUGUGGUCAUUGCUGCAGAGUAAGAAACAGGGAAAGGUCAUUCUACUAACGACUCAUUUUAUGGACGAGGCUGACAUCUUGGCUGAUCGUAAAGCAGUUAUAUCAAAGGGAAAACUGAGGUGCUGUGGCUCGUCUCUAUUUCUGAAAAGCAAAUUUGGAAUUGGAUAUCAUCUAACGCUGGUGUUGGAAGAUAAUACUGAAGAGGAGAUGUGCACAGAACUUGUGCUGAACCAUGUGCCAAGUGCCACUUUAGCGAGACAUCAUGGUAAAGAGUUGUCCUACGUUCUUCCUCACGAUUCUGUCCAUUGCUUCGCUCCUCUAUUUCUUGAGAUAGAAGAGAACGUCGGUAAUGAAGCUUCCAAUCUUCACAUUUCAAGCUAUGGUGUCUCAAUGACAACACUCGAAGAGGUGUUCAUACAGCUGGGAAAAGAUGAAGAAUACAAUUCAGACGACGACGACGACGACGAUAACCUAUCCAAAAAUAUGGUCAACGGUGCACAGAUUUCUCUGAGUGAUUCUGAUGAUGCUAAGAAGAGCCUUUCUCACUCUGAGUCAGUCGUGAGUGGAUCUGGGGUUUCUCUUGAUCACCUUGUGAAACCAAAAUCAGUGAACAGGAGCAAAAGUAGUCUGGUGAGUGAUGGAAAAUCUGAUGUGAUUGGAAUAAAUUUUGAAGCAUCAAAUAUAAGCCCAGACUACAAAAAGAUAUUCAUAGCACUUGUGAAACUGAGAGCCAAGAGACUCAUGAGAGACCCAUAUAGAUUAAUAUUGAUGCUUUUGGCUCCAAUAAUGUUCGCAAAUCUGGGCUUCUCAACUCUGGCCAUGCAAGGUUUUGUUUCAAAAGCAACUCCACUAAAACUCGAUUCAGAGACCUACACUGGGAUCAAUGGAAAGAUAGCUUUGCAUGGUGAAUCAGAUGCAUUAAAAGAUCUGCUGGAUGUGAAAACAGAAUAUUAUGAUGGCCAAUACCCCACACUACUGGAUGUAGCUCCUCAUAUGGCUGCACUCGACAUAUUCUCAUGUUGUGAUUUAAAAGAUGCUGAAUAUACUGUACUUUACAACGAUACUACGCAGCACUCUCUUCCUAUCAUUGUCAACAUCAUGAAUAAUGCUCUCUAUAAGAAAAUUCUAGGAGAAAAGAGGAAAGGAAAAAUAGAAGUAAAAUCUCAUCCUUUUCCAACAGAGAUACGUGACCUAGAUUCCAGCCCAAUCAUGGUUCUAGCAUCGAUGUCACUGGGAGCAGUCAUUUUACUGAUGCCAGUAUCGUUAUGCAUUGACGUUGUUCAUGAUCGAGAGACGAAAGCUAGGAACCAGUUGAGAGUUAGCGGGUUGUCAUUCUUCUUCUACUAUUUUACAUAUUUCUGGUUUUUCGGUUGCAUCAUGAGCUUUGUGACUGCCAUAGUUCUUGGAACUGCGUUCUUCUACAAUGUACCAUCCAUCAAUGGGUAUCCAUCAAUGUUCAUGUUGAUAUUACUGAUCGGUUUCUACACUCCAGCUGCAUUACUAUUCGUGGCAUGUGUAACUUACAUCUUUGAAAAAGCUGACACUGCGCAUUCAUUCAUGUACAAUAUGUUCUUCAUUCUUGCUUCAAGUAUUUCAAUUGAACAAUAUUUUUCAGGUUCAAGCUUGGUGUUUCAACUCCACACGCUGUUCUCAUUCAUAAGCACAACUUACCUUCCAUUCUCAAUUAUUUACUAUGUGAACAAGGUGUACAGAAUGUGUCAUGCUGACGUGUCAUGCACGGAAUUGACCAUAUACAGCUACAUGGACUAUGAGAUUUUGAUGAUGUUUGUUGGAAUUGUGACACAGAUAGUAGGUUGGUGCUAUGUGCUGUUUGUUUUGGAUCUGAGAGAGGGUGGCAACCAAAAUCAAUCGUUUUGUCCUCAACUUGCUGAGGCUGAGGAUCCAAUCGAGCAGAGCUAUGCAACCGACUCAUCAUCAUCUCAGUAUGACAUGGAUGGAGACGAUGACGUGAGAAUCGAGGAGGAUAGGGUGGCCAGAGGUGUGACGAGUCCUGGUCAAGAAUCUCCAGUCAUCAUGGUGCAGAAUCUACGCAAAGAAUACUUGGAAACACUAUACUGUUCAUCCGGAGAAGAUGCAGUUGUCACUGUUGCCGUAGGAAAUCUAUCAGUUGCUGUGGAAUCUGGAGAAGUAUUGGGAUUACUAGGUCACAAUGGAGCUGGGAAAACAACUACACUGAAAAUUAUUACUUCUGAGGAAUCUGCAACUAGGGGAAAGGUUGAAGUGAAAGGAAUGAAUACCAAUUUGAAUAGUCGAAAGGUUUUCAAGCAUAUUGGGUACUGUCCUCAAAAAGACACACAGUGGAACAAUGUGACUGUAAGAGAGCAUCUGGAACUAUAUGCUACCAUUCGUGGUGUCCCAGAGAAAGAAAUACCGAUGCUCGUGGAUUCGUACUUGAAAGGACUCAAAAUGAAAUCGCAUGCUGACAAAGAGAGUCAAUAUUGCUCUGGAGGGACUAGGCGCAAGUUGAGCUUCGCUAUUGCAAUGAUUGGCGACCCAAGUGUUAUCCUGCUUGACGAACCAAGUACAGGGAUGGAUCCUAGCUCGAAGAGGUUCCUGUGGGACUCAAUUCUAGCCAGCUUCAAAGGCAAAAAAGGCGCUAUCUUGUCAACACAUUUGAUGGAUGAAGCUGAUGCUCUAUGCUCAAGAGUUGGCAUAAUGAUGUAUGGAAACUUGAAGUGUAUUGGUUCUAUCCAGCAUUUGAAGAACUUGUAUGGUGCCGGUUACUCACUGGAAGUGAAACUGAAGAAUGCUAAGAACAUAACAGCCACGGUUGCUGAGCGGCAUGAUUUGCUGAAAAUUUUUGUAUUUGAUCUAUUCUCACAAGCUAAUCUUGAGGAAUGCUUCGAAGAGAGGUUGAUAUUCAGAAUCCCUCAAGCAGGAGUCGCAUCUUUGGCUGAGAGCUUCAGACAACUGGAGCAAGCAAAAAUCGAACUGGAUAUCGAGGAGUAUAGUUUCAGUCAGACAACUUUGGAACAAGUAUUUCUACGUUUCUCCCAUUCCAGUAAUUCAAAAAAUCAAUUUGUGUCCAUAAAUCCAUAGAUGGGAUACCAGUCUAUUGUAAUGAAUUCACUUGCAACUCAAACUACUAUUUAACCUCAUUAUGAUGUAAGUCUGUUAUGCGGAGCUAAAAGUUGUGUCAAAAAUUUAUAGAUGAAAUAUUUCAGUCUAUUUAUUGAAUUAAUCAUAGAUUUAAUCAUCAAUCAUAUUCUUCAUUGAAGAAUCUAUUCAUUAGUAUGUAAGGUGUAUGGUGUUUGCCAUAAAUAUGAUAAUAAUUGUGGCCUAAGAAUGAUAGAUACUCUAAGAUAAUAGGAAAUCCGUACAAUCUGUCCCUGUGGAUCUCAAACCAGCCAAGAAAUUUAGUUUUUGUAGACAAUAGUUAUAAAGAAUUUAUUUUUCAAGAUGAAUGUUAAUAUAUUGAGACAUUUCUGGUUAAGAUAUGUUCUAAAGGAGGUUGUCUAUUCAAGUUUAUAUUUAAUGUAUUGGAGAUUUAUUUUUCCAAUGCACUCAUAUAGAAUUAUUUUUGUAAUUUUGUUCAAUGGUGUUGAGCACAAAGCAUCGAGCACUAUUGGGCAUUCAAAGAGAUACAUAUUUCACGUGCUACAGGGUACCAAUUAUAGCAGAACGUAGAUGGAUGAACUAUAUUAUUCUUAUAUGAACCGUAUCUAUUAUACUCUAGAGAUUUCAUUAUUAAGGAAACGAAGGAAGGGGUCCUCUGUUGACCUCCUAACAUUCACUUCCUUUGGAAAUAAGUCAGUAUCAAUAAGUGUCACUUUGCAAACCCUAUUACAAAUGAGCUCAAAUUUUUGACACCUGGAGUAUGAUCUGCUAUUUUCGAGCAAUUCCCUGAUUUGUUACAUUGAAAUAUUAUAAUAUUUGAACUAUUAUCCAAUAUAAUAUUGUGGAGGAAUAAAUAAAUACUUAUUAGUAACCAAAUGUAUUUCUUGGAGAAUUUGAGAUGAAUUAUUCAAUUUAAGGAGUAAAACUCAGAAAAGUCUGAAGUAGCAUUUCUAUAAUAUAGCCUUCUAUAGAAACUUAAAAUCAAAUUGAAAAAGGUGUAAGUUAGGGAAGAACUGGAAAUUCACUGAUACUUAAUGUUUAUUAAUACAUUAUUGAUAAUAUCAUGAAAAUAAAUAUAAAUUAAAUAAUUAUCUAUUGAAUUAUCUUAAAUUAAAGAAUAUUUUUUGGAAUAAAAAUAAUAAUAAUAAUAAAAAUACUAUAAAUUUAUUAUUAUUUUAUUAGAAAGCAAAUAUUUUUGAGCAAAAGAAAAAUUUCUAAGGAAGAGUAAAAUCCACUAAUUCUUAAUCUAUAGGAAAAAGAAUAAUUAACACUUAAGUGUCACUUUGCAAACCCUAUUACAAAUGAGCUCAAAUUAAAAUCUUAUAAACCUAUUUUUUCCAACUAAAAAUGAUA